AUGACUUAUCGAGAUAUUAGUCAUCUUUGUGAGAUGGCUCGCGUUCUCUCCUAUCCGCGGUUGAUAUCAAUGGAAAAUUUUCGUCAACCAAAUUUUCCGCUCGUAGCAGAAUUGAUGGCUUGGCUUGUUAAACAAUACGAUCCACUAGCAGAUGUUUCAACUAGUAUCGAACGUGAGCAAGAUCGUGUAAUAUUUAUUCGUACUGUUGCUCAAACGAUUGCGACAAAAGCACACUUGAAGUUGAACACAAAAAAACUCUACCAAGCAGAUGGAUAUGCUGUCAAAGAGAUUCUCAAAGUUAUAACACCCCUUUAUCAAUCGUUGCGCGAGAGUGAAAGUAAAGAAUUGGAAGAUGAAGACGACAUCGAUCAGCAAUAUCGUUACGCUAUGAAUGAUGACAUUGGAAUAUUAAAAAAUGCACGGCAAUUGUGUUCAACUAUUACGCAAAAAGGUGCCAAUCUGCAUGAAUUACUCGGAAAAGAGAUUGACGCACGAGAAGCACGUUUGGAAGUAAUGAGCCGAGGAACAGAAUUAUCUGAAGUUCGUGAAGGCAUUCGUGAAGCAGAAAAUGCUUCGAAACGUGAAUCGAAUAAAUUCACAAAAUUGAUUGAAAAUGUUCAAACGGAUGAAGUGGCAUUGGAUGAAAAGAUCGCGAAACGAAUGGAAGAAAAAGAUCGGCACCAACGUCGACUCGACAUGUUGAAGAGUGUUAGACCAUCAUUUAUGAAUGAUUUCGAGAAAUUUGAAACAGAGCUUAAUGAAUUAUAUUCGAAUUAUGUUCUUAAAUUUCGUAUACUAUCCUAUCUGGAAAAGGAACUGGAAGGACAUUUCCGAAAUCAACGGGAAAAAGUUCAGGAAGUUUCUCGUCAAUACAUGCAAGCAAUGAACUCGCAAUUGACAGAGCAGGAUCAACAGAGAUUUAAUAGGCAAUUACAAGAUCCUAAUGACGAAAUUGGUGUGCGUAGUGAUGAAGAAGAAGACGAAGAAGAUUCCGAUGAUGAUGACGACGAUGAUGAUGAUGAUAACGAUUCGGAAGAAGGUGAAGCCAUGAGCCGGCGACCGCCUCCUCGAGGAAAUCGAAUGGAAAAUGGAACAAAAGGUCCACCUUACGGCGGUAUGACCGCUGACCUUAGUGACGAUGAAGAUGAGAGAGGCAGAGGUAGAGGCAACGGUCGGAUGGAUGGUGGUGACGACGAUGAUGACGACGAGGAAGUUGAGAUGGGUGUGGAUUCAAGACGAAGAGGUGGCGGAAACAUUGGCCGUCGACCGCCAAGUGCCAGCGGCCAAAGGAGACCGAGACCAGCUCCGCAGCAACGAGGAACAUAUAACAAUGACGAUGAAGACUUUUAA